GUGUGACCCACGGCCAGGUAGAAUGUCGCUACACCACGCCCAGAUGCUCAGCUUCGUAUUUGUUCUGACGUGGAUGUCCGUGACAGCACGUGCCAGCUACGGCCCCUUUCAGCGCUACUAUACAAGGUCUUAUGGACAUUCCGAAUAUCCCCCGUACAGAAAUUACUACAACCCUCUGUCAAACUGUUUGAAGAUGGUGUACGGCAAGGAUAUUUUCUACGACCGUCCUGUUUCCUCCAUCUCUCCGAUAAAAACCUUGGACGACUCGAAUGCCCAGGAUAACGUGAAAAGAAGCUACGGAAACAUGUUUAUGACCCUGGAUGAACUGAAGUCGUCUUUAGGGAUCCCCGCUUCUACCCACGUCAACUGGGACGGCGGAGUUCACUCCCCUGACAACAGACCAGCAAAAAGCGCCAGCGCCACUGGCUCGAGCACGUUACAGUUCGACUCCGAUGUGUGUUGUUCCACGGACGAGGUGUUCCUUAUCAACGAAACCUUGGUGGAUGUAGAGAACAUCCCUAGGAAGAUAGCCCAGCUGACCAAGAUUGGGGCAUACCAGUUUAUACGCCAUGGAUUUUGUGCUGUUAAAGGGGCGUGUCCAGGUGAAUGUUUACAACACUACAUUAAUCUACCGCUGGCUGUAGAUGAACCUGGGGCCGGUUUGCCAAUCACGUUUCGGUUUUUCAAGAUACCCGGAUACUGCUCCUGUCGUGUAAUUGGAUUUUGAAACCGACUUUUACCUCCAACAACGAGUUUCGGUGUUCGCCCUAAGUGUUUUAUAUUUUAACCAGUUUCAGACCUGUGUUGCAAUGCUAACACCCUCGACAGAUAACAGUAUGUGCAAAUCAUGUGUUCCUUAACUUCAUUUGAACAGUAUAUUAUCAGUCCCUACCCAUGUAAGGGGUGAUUGAUUUUGAAACCCUCCAAUGAUUGUAAAUUCAGGUUUUAAAUAACAGGAUAAAUGUUUAACAAUUUCAACGGUUAGUUUCGAUUGUACGCUCUGUUUGUUUAAUUACGUCUUAACCAGUGAGACACGAGUUGCACUCCGCAUGAAAUUCUUAGAUUAUUAACAGAGAACAAUGUCUAUUUAAACUGAUGGUAGCGGACAAUCGCCACUUUACGUCUUUGGUUGUACAUAUUUCACUGGUUAGAGUCCAUUACCACUGUCACGAACUUCUGGGGGCGAUGGGAUAGCCUAGUGAUUAAGGCGUUCGCUCGUCACGCCGAAGACGAAGUUCGAUUCCCAACAUGAGUACAAUCCGUCCCCAACACACGCAAUAUCACCGCUAAGACUAAUAACUGUUUUCUUUUAGAUUUGUUAUUUUCAUUUAGGCAAAAAGACACCCAAUGUGUUAAAAUUUAAAGAAUUGUUUACCUGUAAACGAAUUAGUGUUUAAAAACCUGUGUGUAUUUUGCAAUACCAUUAUGAAAACUGUAUAAUCUUCCAUGUAAACAAUCUCGCCUAUGUAUUCUUAAAGGGUACACGAAUAAACAAGGUCUAAUGAUGUCAUUCGUUUAUCAGUUUGGCACCAAUGACGACAUUUGCAAGGGACAUAACCAAUAAUGUGUUUAUUGUUGAAAUACAACUCUCGGUAAAUGUGCAAAAUAUGAAUCGAUAUAAUGCAAAAAGUAAAUUAGUUACUGAUAUCAGUACUGUUUUGGCUAUAAAAUUCCUUGACAAACACUUUUUGUGCUGAAAAAGUGCAAGAUUUUCGUGUAAACUUGGCUUUCACCUGUACAGUUGAACCUCUUAUUCCGAGUAUCCUGGCCUGAGCGAAAUAAAAGUUCUGUUCUGUUCUGCAAAACACCGAAAUAUUUACGUCCGCUUCGUUUACUAAGCAAGAAACGUGUACACAUUGGAGAAGGGAUAGUUUUGCACGCGACAAGCGCCUUCUUCGCUUUGCGGAAAGGGGGAAGUGGUGACGAAUGGAGACCAUGUCCCUGGUUUAACACGUGUAGUAAUAUUCAAAUAUGUUUACACCACUGGGCUAGUCGGGUUCCCAGUCUCCCCAUGAUUUGAAUGACUAGCCUCUCGUCAUAGUUAUGUUGUAAUUAGUUGGAAGGCACUGAUGACAAGGAGCGGGAAUUUUAUAUUGUGACCCCCUAAUGUGCCAGGAUCCGGUUAUCGUUUGCACAUAUUUUCAACAAAGUGAUCUGCAUAAUUUGAGGACACAUUUCCGCUUUAAGGUCGUCGUGGUGUACUAUUCUAAACCAUUCGUCACCACUCGCCCCUUUCCGUAACCCGCUAUUCGGCUUGUCCCGGAAUAACACGAGUUGGUCACGAAUGAUUCUAAACCGCUGAUUCAGGUGUCAGAUCACACGCAGUUCUUGAGAUGAUUCCUCCUCCUCCCUCUCUCUCUCUCUCUCCUCCCCCACCCCCCAUUUUUUUGUUGCAAAUAUGCAGAUCUAGAAGCGUAUGGAAAUUAUUACAAAGUAAUGACGAAAAUAACACUUUUGAAUCGGAAAUUCCAUUCAUUUAUAACAACCUAUGUAGCCGUCGCCAGUCGCAGGUUAUCGUCGAAUUCCGUGCGCCACCUAUUCCGCAUUUUUGUAAGUCCAUUUAGCUACAUUCUUACAUCGGGAAGCAUCCGUACCUACAACAGCAUUGGUGUACAUGUAUUCUCUAAGCUUCUUAGAAUUGUAUUUGAUGGAUGUAACAAUUGUAUUUGAUGGAUGUCACAAUUGUAUUUGAUGGAUGUCACAUAUAUUUGAUGGAAACAUGUCCGUAUUUUCCUAUGUGAUUUAUAUUGUACUAGGUAUUGUAUAUAGGGUAUUGUAUAUUGUAGAUAUAUAUGGCCAGUCGCAAUUGUCAAGUUGCAUGACAUGGUAAAUACAUGUAUAAUCCGUGUUCAUUUGUAUCGUUGACUCAUGUAAGGGGAGGAAUAACACAUACUGUUUUGCACAAGCAUAUAUUCUAUCUGUGAUAAUAAAUCGUUUUUUAUUUAAUUUAUAA